CUACGUAAAAAACCCCCUACAUCCUCCCUCGUCAUGUCGUCGUCUCCCUCGUUUUCACUUCACAGCUUCAACAACAGUAGACGGUAGAAAGAGAGAAGACGAAAACCUCUCACUUCCUUUCUCGAAGCUUCAACACGUCUCCCAACCGCAGCAAUUCAAGGCCUCAACCGGCGGAGGGUACAUAGGGACAAGGAUUUUGGUCUAUGAAAGCACGGUAUUCCGACUGAAAAACCCUUAGAAAGGUUGUGCCGUUUAGCUUCAAGAAAUGCCUUCGAAGACAAAGAAGCACUCAAAGGUGUUGUCAAGGCUGUCGAAUCCUGACCACUCUGCAUCUCCCCAAACACUGCCCUCAACACCUCAUGAUGUAGAAGUUAGUGAAGAAGAUCUCAGACGCCGUCUUCUGGAAGCUUCUAGCACAUAUCCUUCUCUUAUUGGAGAAUCGGCAUUCAUCGGUGAAGUGACUGAUAUUGAGGUGAAGCCUCAAUCCAGAGGCUGCCAAAUUUGGCUUUCAGAAUCUUCUAUGGUUGCUUCUUCCCUUACUUCAGGUUCUCUUGUAUCGGUGUCACUUGCUGCUUUACAGGGCAGAAUCUCUAAUAGGUUCCCUCUCAGCUCAGUAUUUGAUGAAUGUGAUAAAAUAUUUGAUUCUUCAGAUGAUACAUCGGGUGACGCCGGAAAAUAUUUUGCCCUCGCUACAGUAUUUCCUUCUCGAAAGAUAUUGAAGAAUGGAGUACGAUUAUCUUCAAAUCUUUCGAGCACUAUGGGUUAUCCUUCUCCGGGCAGAAUUGUUUUUGUUCAUUCAGUACAAAGCCAGUUCCUUACCCAUAGCGUAAACGGAAGUGAUAAAACACAUACACCUUUAGUCAGUCGUCCCUUAUUGCGUAACUGUGAGGAAUUGCAUUUACGACUUGCAAAUUUGGAAACUCGAGUUGAAACUAAAAGAAAUGUGCUGUUUACAUCGGACUUUAAUGCUGAGAAAUCUCAUGGUCGAUUCGAAAAUAGGACAAUAUCAUCCCCUAAGACGCCAUUGCAUAAGUCUAAAUUUAACUCCCCUACUUCUGGUCACUUAGAUUCCCCAAUGUCCGAAGAACCAGUUUCUAGUGUGCUCAGUCGAAUAAGUUCUUCUAUUGGUUCAGCUAAUAUUACUGACUCAUUAAAGGAUGAGAGUUCUAAGAAAAUUCUGCAGACAUGUGCUAAUUCAUGGUUGUAUACUCGUAGUUUACUUUGUGGAAAUCUUGUAGCCAUCCCAAUGCUCUCAGAGCUUUGCUUUUUCUAUGUGAUACGUGGUGAGCUCCCAUCAGAUGGUUCUAAUCAAGACCCAGUGAACCAAAGAAGUGAUGGAUUGCAUCCUAAAGCUUCAAAUUUUGUUGAUCAUAUGCAUGAUGCUUAUGUUGUAAGCCGUGAAACAAAAGUACACUUAUAUUUACCAUUGGGGUCAGGAUCUGAAUCACCAGGAAAGAGAGGUUUACCUGGUCUGCAACUUGAGUUUGAGAAUGCAAAAGCAAGUAUGGUAAGCGAUAUUUCUAAAUUGGGUGGUCUAUCUAAAGAGUAUGCAGUUUUGAUGGAUAUAAUAAUCUCAUCAUCUGUGAAGGCGACUUUGGCAAGUCUUGGUCUACGAACCACAAAGGGAGUGCUUCUUCAUGGCCCCCCUGGAACUGGAAAGACGUCUUUGGCUCGACUAUGCGCCCAUGAUGCCGGUGUCAGACUUUUCCCUGUGAAUGGACCUGAAAUUGUUAGUCAGUAUCAUGGAGAGAGUGAGCAAGCUUUGCACAAAGUUUUUGAGUCAGCUAGCCAAGCUGCACCUGCGGUGGUUUUCAUUGAUGAGUUGGAUGCCAUUGCACCAUCUCGGAAAGAUGGAGGCGAAGAGCUAUCUCAGAGAAUGGUUGCGACCUUGUUGAAUUUGAUGGAUGGAGUUAGUAGAGAUGAUGGUGUUCUUGUAGUUGCUGCUACCAACAGACCAGAUAGUAUUGAGCCUGCUCUAAGACGGCCUGGAAGACUUGAUAGAGAGAUUGAAAUUGGUGUUCCUUCCCCUACACAACGGUUGGAUAUACUUCAGACCCUUCUCUCAGCAAUGCCAAACUCUCUAUCAGAUACUGAAGUUCAACUACUGGCUAUGACAACACAUGGUUUUGUGGGUGCUGAUCUGGCUGCUCUCUGUAAUGAGGCAGCCUUAGUUUGCCUUAGGCGUUAUGCACAAUUAAACAGAUUUUGUGAUAGUUUAAAACGGAGUGGGAUGUCUAUUGCACAUGAAGGAUUUUCGGAGAUUACCAUGGAUGGAUCUAAUUGCUCAAAAUAUAUCAGCGACGUCUUGAUGGACACCGCAGAUUCUGUUGCUUCGCUUGUCUUAGAUUUGCCUGUUUCCAAUGAGAAUCCACCAUCUUUCUGCAUGAGGGAAAUGGCUUCAGAAGUUACACCUCACAUUCAGAAUGGCAGUAGUGUUAGUUCCAAAGGGAUUUCUUCGGGAGAAGAAGAUAUGUUGAGACUAGCUUUUGAAGAUUUUGAAAAGGCCAAGUUGAAAGUGAGGCCUAGUGCCAUGCGAGAGGUUAUCCUGGAGGUUCCAAAAGUUAACUGGGAAGAUGUUGGUGGCCAAAGGGAGGUCAAAGCUCAGCUGAUGGAAGCAGUGGAAUGGCCACAAAAGCACCAGGAUGCAUUCAAGCGAAUUGGUACCCGUCCACCAACAGGAAUUCUGAUGUUUGGUCCUCCUGGAUGUAGUAAAACCCUCAUGGCGCGCGCAGUUGCCUGUGAAGCAGGUCUGAAUUUCCUUGCAGUCAAGGGUCCAGAGCUUUUCAGCAAGUGGGUUGGAGAGUCCGAAAAGGCUGUGAGGUCCCUAUUUGCAAAGGCCAGGGCAAAUGCCCCAUCGAUAAUAUUCUUCGAUGAAAUUGAUGGUCUCGCUGUCAUUCGUGGAAAGGAAAGUGAUGGUGUUUCCGUUUCUGAUAGGGUUAUGAGCCAACUUCUUGUUGAAUUGGAUGGGUUGCAUCAAAGAGUCGAUGUUACUGUUAUUGCUGCUACAAAUCGGCCAGAUAAGAUUGAUCCUGCCCUUCUGAGACCAGGACGCUUUGAUCGGUUGCUAUAUGUGGGACCUCCCAAUGAGGCUGACCGCGAAGAUGUAUUUUGCAUCCAUUUGCGCAAAAUUCCAUGCAGUUCUGAUAUCAGCAUAAAAGAGCUAGCUUCUCUUACAGAUGGUUACACAGGCGCUGAUAUAGCAUUAAUAUGCCGAGAAGCAGCCAUCGCAGCCAUUGAGGAGAGCAUUGACGCGUCAGAAGUAACAAUGCAACAUCUGAAGGCUGCAAUUAGACAAGUGGAACCAUCGGAGCUUCAUUCCUAUGAAGAGCUAUCAGUUAAAUUCCAAAGACUUGUUCGCUCUAGUGCUAGAGGAGACGCCUUAAAAGAUGACCAAUUCUGUAGUAGAUCCAAUGAGUUUUCUAUGCGGUCUUUGGCAAACUAUACCAUGCUGUUCUUAUAUCGCCUUUUCGGUUUGAAGCCUACUUCGAGUAGGUAGUGACCAUUCUACUACAAGAAGUUGGUUUCUUUCACAACUCAGGCCGCAGAAUGCAUCAGGUUACUCUCGGAAUGUAAACUAUCCCCGCUUUAAUGGAGAGAGUUUCUGCUUGCAUGGUGCCUUAUAAGGCUGUUCAAAUGAGAAUAUCUAUAUAUCUAUAUCUCACCAUUUUUUUUCUCCCCUGUGAGGCAAAGAUCUUGUGAAGGUAAGUCUCCUUCCUCUAGAGGGUUUGACUUCUUAAUCAAGCAAAACAUCUGACCUUGAAGCUCCAUCAGUAUUUUGAUGUACAAAGAGCCGUUCAGUGUGUUGCAGCACCAUCACCAUCAGCAAAAUUUGGCAGCCGUGGUGGCACAUCCAAAGUUGCAGGCUCUGUACCAUAGGCAGAUGGGACAUUUUCGGUCUCCGCCCAAUGGACAAUUUGAGCAUCUGUUCAGUGCUUAGGAUGUGGGCACCAGUGGUUCCAGGAUAUGUGGAGGAUUCAGAGUCGGCCAAUGCAAAUGGAUGGAGGAAGGUUCUGACUCUGUUUCCAACUGGGAAAGACUUUUGAGUUUGGAUAAUCUGAAAUGUGAAAAUUUGAAAUUUGGAGCUGUCUUCUUGUAAGUCCUGAGAAAACAUAAGAAUGAAUCUUUUCAAUCAUGGAUAUGACCAUAUAUCAACUUCCAAGCUGGAACAGUCGAGUCAGGAUCACCUAUUCUGCUAAACUUGUAAUGGUUACAUUUCUUAUUUUAUACGUAUGUACGAGAUGCUUCUGCUUCGGUGGUAAA